AUGGCAAAGGAUGAUGACACCCCUCCUCCGCCAUCUCCGCCACCUCACACGUCGGAGUUUCACCCCGCCUUGGCAGUGAAUCACAUAGACUCUACUGUAUCACGGCCGACGGAUGUAUCGGACUCCUUGUGGAAGCGCCUCGAUGCAAUUGUCAAGCAGUGGAUAUAUGGCACGAUCUCCACCGACCUUCUCAACACGAUUUUAGCCCCAAAAUCGACUGCUCAACAACUAUGGGAUCGCAUUAAAGAAAUUUUUCAAGAUAACAAGAACACUAGGGUCGUCUAUCUUGAAAAUCAGUUCAACUCGCUUCAUCUAAGCACCUUCCCCACUGUCACGGCGUACUGUCAACAACUCAAGAGCCUUGCCGAUCAAUUAGUUAAUAUUGAUCAACCCGUGACGGAACAAAAGUUGGUAAUCCGACUAGUUUCCGGCAUAACUGGCACAGAUUUUGACAUAGUUGCUACUAUGAUACAGCAGACCGAUCCUCUUCCUUCGUUCAACACGGCUAGAUCGAGACUCCUUCUUGAGGAAUCUCGGCGAGCAAACGACCAUACCUCACCUCAAUCCUCCUUUGUCGCACAGCCGGAACAACAUACUAGUUCCGGGCAACAAUCGCAGCAGCAGCCCACGGCUGGCCGUGGAACAGGUGGCGCCAGCAGAGGGCACGGUGGCGGCAGCCAGGGACGAGGUAAAGGGAAAGGCCGCGGCACUCCGAGUCGAGGGUCCUCUUCUGGGCAGCAACAAAGCACGCCCCAACAACAGGGUCAACAAACCCAAAAUUGGCAGCAACAAGGUCAGCCCAAUUCUAAUGGCCAAACUUGGGCCCCUCCAUCUCAAUGGCCCAAUUGGCAUCAACCCCUUUGGCCUCAAGGGUGGGCUAUACCACCAGCUCCUUUUCCAACUGCUGGGCAGUUUCAACCAAGGCCCAUAUAUGGUCGUGGGUCACCUCAGCAGGCCUACACAGCAGGCCCGUCCACUUAUGGCCCCCCUAUGACUCCUACGGAGUUUGGCAGUGCGUAUUCCUCGAUGAAUUUCACAACACCGGACAACGGUUGA